UGUCCCCUGCGUCCCUCUCGUGUUCGUCGGAAAAAGCUUUCUUCGUGGUUACGUUUAUUUUGGUGGGGCCCUUCUUUUUCACCAACUGUUCUCUUUCCUUCUUCUUUUCCUUUUCCUUUCUUUUAUUUCUUUCUGUUCUGUUCUGUUCUGUUCUCAGGGCCUUAUCUUUUUUCUUUUUUUUUCCACCUUUCUUUGUUUGAGCAAGAGGCAAAGUCGCAGCAACGAGCUCCUCCUGUAACUUGGCUGAGCGGGGAGCGGAAUUCGUCAUUUGACUGGUACCCUUUUUCACACACCUCCCCUGCUCAACAUCGGAGCACCCCCCCCCGGUCAACCCGCCCGAACUUGAUCACGACUAACUCGGGAACUUCAGAAUCGUUGACUCUUUGUUUUCGCAAUCAUGGCCGACAAACUUCUUCAGGAUGUCUAUCGUAAGAUAGAGAGGGAGAAGGUCCUCAUAAACGGUGCUCGGGCCAUGCGUCAAUCCACCGACAACGCUGCUGUCCAGCAGAGGCUGGACAAUCAGAUACGGGAAUCGCAGCGAAACCUGAGUUAUCUGGAGGGACGGUACGGUGAAUUACAGAAUAUGGUGAUGAUCACUAGUGGUGUGGAUGAUAUGCACGUUAACGACGGAGGUGCGCAGGCUUUCCUUUAGAGUUUAGGGAGUGAUGCUUAUCUAUAGGUGAAGGUGGAUAUGGAGGGGGAUACCAAAACCCGCAGAUGCUACCUCCUAAUAAGCCGUUUGCCCGGGGCUCUGGGGGAUCUGCACAGCCAAAGACGAAACCCAAUUACUCUAAACUUGGUAUGAUAUUCAUUUCGCUCGCUCCUUGGGGCGCAUUGGUUUAUUGAUGGCUUUGCCAUAGAUUUAAUCAAAUAUGAUACCCCACAUCUCGGUCCGAGAAUUCAGUUGAUGCUGUCGCAGCUCGAAUUCAAGCUCAGCGUUGAAAAGCAGUACAAGGAGGGUAUCGAGAAGAUGAUCAAACUGUACCAGAUGGAAGGUGAUCGCAAGAGCAGACAAGAUGCGGAGAGCAAGCAUACGGACAGCGGACAGAAAAUCCAGUUGCUGAAACAGGCCCUCAAGAGAUACGAGGAUCUCCACGUCGACAUGGAUUUUGGGGAUGAGGCAGACGGUAGGCUUUCAGACUCUCUCUCUUCCCCCCCGCCCCUUUUCUUUGUCUUUGGAUUACAGUGAGCGGGACCUGACCUCAAUAGAUGACAGCAUAAACUCCCCCAAUAUUCGACGCCCGUUAACCGGCCGCCUCGCCAUUCGCGUUUUGGCGGUAAAAGAUGUAGACCAUGCCACCACGUCGCGCUUCGCCCGGGGUCCAGAAACGUUUGUCGUUAUCAAGGUGGAGGAUGUUGCCCGGGUUCGCACCAAGUCCACCAGGAACGACAAGUGGUUGGAUGAAGCCCACGAUAUCGACGUUGAUAAAGCCAACGAGAUUGAAAUGACCGUCUACGACAAACCCGGGGACAAUCAUAUGCCGAUAGGUUUAUUGUGGAUAAGAAUUUCUGAUAUCGCUGAAGAGCUGAGAAGGAAGAAGAUUGAGCAGGAGAUCUCGAGCUCUGGCUGGGUGAGUGCGGACAAGAUGGCGCAUAGUGGGGCUGGCCGACCUGGUGAGGGUACCUACAACUACAAUCAGGGAUUCGGUGGGCCGGCCGCUGCUGGGGGAGGAAACGCUGGAAUGUACGUCAAUAAUAGCGGACAAGCGCAAGCACCGGGUGGAUCUGCGGGUAUCGAUGCAUGGUUUGCCCUGGAGCCGGUUGGGCAGAUUCAUCUCAAUCUCAACUUUGGUAAGCUUCUCGGAUUGUCCAAGGCGAUUCCGUCGCUAACUCUCUCCAGUCAAAUACAACAGGAAUAAGCGUCCGCUCGAUCUUGGAUUGGGUCGUAAGGGAGCUGUUCGUGCUCGCAAAGAAGAGGUGCAUGAAAUGUAUGGCCACAAGUUCGUGCAGCAACAGUUCUACAACAUCAUGCGUUGUGCCCUUUGUAGCGACUUCCUCAAGUAUUCCGCUGGGAUGCAGUGUUCGGACUGCAAGUAUACUUGCCACAAGAAGUGCUACCCAAAGGUGGUCACAAAGUGUAUUUCAAAGUCAAACGCCGAAACGGAUCCCGAGGAGGAGAAGCUCAAUCAUCGUAUCCCGCAUAGGUUCGAACCAAUGACCAAUAUGGGGGCAAACUGGUGUUGUCACUGCGGCUACAUGCUGCCUGUUGGAAAGAAGAAUGCAAGGAAGUGUACAGGUAAUACCCUCCUUGGAGCUUUGGAGGGCUGACCUGGCUAAUAUUAGACAGAAUGCGGUCUGACUUGUCAUUCACAAUGUGCUCAUUUGGUUCCUGACUUCUGCGGAAUGUCUAUGGAGGUUGCCAACCAGAUUCUGGGAGAGAUAAAGAAGACCAAAAGACAGAGACCAAGUAUGGCAGAUCGUAACUUGAGAACUAGCGGCCCGCCGGCCCCUUCGUCGCCUUUAUCCGCACGGCCUACCAGCGAUCCUUAUGUAUCUCAUCUGGACCCCCGGAACUCCGUGCAGGGGGAGCCAACUCAACUGUCACAGCGAACUCACUCUUAUAGUCCCUCAUCUCCGACUGCCGUAAAUGCCGCUAACGUCGCGUAUGGAACGGCGCCGUCACCAGCCCGCCCACAACAGCCCGCACCCUACUCUCCCGAACAACGACCAAACCGUGUUCCGGACCCAACCGCGGUAGCCGCAGCAGCUCAUGCUGGCCAACGCCCCCCUUCCACGGUCCAGAGCCAGACCAGUUACCCUCCAAAACAAUCGGCCGAUUUUUACCAGGGGGCUCCAACGUCGCCAACUCAGCCCAAGCAUCAUGCUAGCGAAUUGCCAAGUUCUCCCUCUCCGUACCAGCAAGGGCAGGGCUAUGACAAUCCCUACCAACAGCAUCGCACUUCCGUGUCGCAGCAGCAGCCCCCUGCCGCGCCACCGAAAGCGCCACCCGCUCCCUCCGGCUAUGGACAGCCACAAGCCGCUCAGUAUGAUCAGAGGCAGUCGUAUGGCCAACCCCCCCCAACACCGGUGAAGGUCGCGCCUCCCGCUCACGCUUAUCCUGUUGAAAAAAAGCCACCGCCGCCGCCCGCUCCUGAGCCACAACCGCCAGUUAGCAGGCCCACGAAGAUUGGAUUGGAUCAUUUCAAUUUCCUUGCGGUUCUUGGAAAGGGUAAUUUUGGGAAAGUCAUGUUGGCGGAGACAAAGGCUUCGAAGAAGCUGUAUGCUAUUAAGGUUCUAAAGAAGGAGUUCAUCAUUGAGAAUGAUGAAGUUGAGAGUACGAGGUCGGAAAAGAGGGUGUUCCUGAUUGCCAAUAAGGAGCGCCACCCCUUCUUACUGAACCUCCACGCUUGUUUCCAAACGGAGACUCGUGUUUACUUUGUCAUGGAGUAUAUUAGCGGGGGAGAUUUGAUGUUGCACAUUCAGAGGGGCGCUUUCGGAUCUAGGAGAGCGCAGUAGGUUACAUCUCGGGGUUUGGUAGGGCCAAUGCUGACAUGCAGUUAGGUUUUAUGCUGCCGAGGUUUGCUUGGCAUUGAAGUACUUUCAUGAGAACGGAGUGAUCUAUCGUGAUUUGAAACUUGAUAACAUUCUGCUCACGCUUGAUGGGCACAUUAAGAUCGCCGAUUAUGGUCUCUGUAAGGAAGAGAUGUGGUAUGGGUCUACCACAAGUACUUUCUGCGGCACUCCUGAGUUUAUGGCACCGGAGGUGAUAUUGCUAUCUUCUGUUUUUGGUAAUGCCUUUAUUUACUGACAUUUGGGGCCUAGAUUCUUAUGGAUAAACGCUAUGGCCGUGCUGUCGACUGGUGGGCGUUUGGUGUGUUGAUUUACCAGAUGCUUCUCCAGCAAUCUCCCUUCCGUGGUGAGGAUGAAGAUGAAAUUUAUGAUGCUAUUCUCGCGGACGAGGCCUUGUACCCGAUUCACAUGCCUCGCGAUUCGGUGUCUAUUUUACAGAAGGUUUGCUCCUGUCUUGGUCUUGGUUGAAUUGUAUGCUUAUAUCUAAAUUAGCUCCUGACGAAGGAACCUGAGCUGCGUCUUGGGUCUGGGCCUACGGAUGCUCAAGAGAUUAUGUCCCAUCCAUUCUUUGCCAAUAUCAACUGGGAGGACAUCUAUCACAAACGCAUCCCGCCUCCUUUUAAGCCAUCGAUUCAAUCUGCCACGGAUACUUCCAAUUUUGAUCAAGAGUUUACCAGUGUCACCCCGGUGCUCACCCCUGUGCAGUCAGGUAAGCAAUGUAUCCCCCCCACACUUGAAGCAGACCACGUGCUAACCCUUCAUAUAGUGCUCACCCAGGCCAUGCAGGAGGAAUUCCGUGGCUUCUCCUAUGUGCAAGAUUUCUCUUAAUUGUUGUUUUUCAAAGAGCGUUUGUUCUCAUAUGGAGACUCGGACCCCCCCCCCCCUCCAUUUUUCUACAAAGACAAAAGUUCGUUAUGUUAUUUUUUGCCCAGUGUCUCUUUUUUCUCCUUCUUACUCUCCCUCCUUUCUUUUGAUCCCGCCGGGCGUUAUUUUUUGUCUACAGGGAAAGCCUUGGACUUUCCCCCUCCUCUCCUGGGGGAAACGAUUGUUGUGGCAAAUCCUGUUGAGGGAGCUGGAGACGUUUGUUAUGCAGCUGGCGGGUGUGAAAUUGAAAUUGGAAUGAAUUGUGUGGUGGCGUGGGGGAGGGGGUAUUUCAUGAGUGCAUGGGAAAUGGCAUGAGGGAUACUUUUUCUUCUUCCCACUUGUUCUCUUGGCUUUUACCGUAUCUCGCUUUUAUUACUUGUAUGGGGGGGUAGAGUUCUUUCGUUUGCCCUCUUUUUCAUUACCAUUGUAGCAAUCUCACCCAUUGCGCAUGUU